AUGUUGAAACGUGUACAUAGUAUGGACAAUGAUGAACCUAAAUUUGAUAGUCAUGCAAUUAAUAAUACCAGUAAUGAGACUGAUAACUUUGUAUUUGAAAUGCUGACUACAGAAACAAAUUCCAGAAAUAUACCUCAAGUAUCUAAUAUAACCUCACAAUCAAAUUUGCGUAACAAUGUAAUUAGCUCUACUAUUCCAAGGGGUACUUUAAGACAAGUUGCAGUUAAAAUAUGUAGUCUAUUAAAAGUUUGGAGAAUCUCAACUCAUAAUGAUAUUGCAGAUAUAUUAAUUAUGGAAUAUUUAGGGCCAGUAGAUCAAGAAAGGUAUAAUUAUGAUAUAUUAUAUCAGAAAAGUCGAGAAUCUAGUGAAAAAAGUAUUAGGAAGAGGGUAUAUGAUGCUAUUAAUGUUUUGAUAUCUGCAACAAUUAUAGGGAGAAGUGGUAAAAGUAUUACUUGGCAAGGAAUAUCACACUUUUUAAACCCUUUAAGACCCACAAAUAUAGAUAAGUGUAUAAAUCCUCCAAAUUUACAAUCAAUUCAAAAGAAAUUACAUGAGAAUAUUGAUAAAUAUGAGAGAUUACAAUACACACUUUCAUCUUUAAAGACAAUUAUAGAAUAUAAUUCUAAGAAUAAGAUUUCAAGUGAGCGAAUUAAGCUCCCAAGUUGCAUUCUUGUGACAAAUUCGUCAGAUAUUGUUAAUAUAAAAUGUACUUAUUUUAACAAUAGGAAGUCAGUGGCUAUUCAAACUACUAAUAUUGUAGAUUUUUUAGAUCAGUUUGACAUAAUAAAUAGAAUUGCAAUGAAUAUCAGGUUGAAGGAGCUAUAA